CAAGAUGGCGGCUGAACGGGAAGUGGCGCUGCUAAUGAUAAAAGCUAUCGAGGCGGCUCUGAAUCCGUUAACUACACAACAGGAAAGAAAAGAGGCUUAUGAGUUUAUUGAGCAGUUCAAGGCCAGCUCACCACUGUGUGUUUCUGUUGGCAAGCUAUUGUUUGAUCGUCAAAAUUCUGCUAUGGUGCGACAUACCGGUCUUCAACUUUUGGAACAUGCAGUCAAAUUCAAUUGGAAUUCAAUGAGUGAAGAUGAACAAGCAAGAUUGAAAGGGAUCUCACUUCACUUGCUUGCACAGGGAAGUGGCUCCCUGCCAGAUGAACCAUUCCACAUCAAGGAAGCAUUAGCAAGGCUGGUGGUGGAGAUAACCAAAAGGGAGUGGCCACAGAAAUGGGGAUCGCUGCUUCCAGACCUCAAUGACAUCUGUACAAUGGGGAAUGUGCAAACAGAAAUGGUGCUGAUGGUUCUUCUGCGACUUGCGGAAGAUGUAAUGUCAAUGGAUAGCAAUCUGCAUGCCAAUAGAAAGAAACAGAUUACACAAGAAUUACACUCUCACAUGGAUGGCUUGUUCACUUUCUUCAUUGACACACUGCAGCAAAAUACUGCAAGGUUUAGGAGUCUAAAGAGCCAGGUUGAAAGUGGGGACACCAGCUGCAAGGCUCAGGCGGCAGUGCACCAGAGACUUGCUGAGCAGACCCUCCUGACAUUAGCUGGAUUUGUAGACUGGGUGAAGUUCGGAACAUUGUACAUAAAGAAUUGUAUCAUACUACAGAUGUUGUGUUUACUACUGGAGGAAGACUCACUGAAAAUACCAAGUUGUGAAUGUCUUUUGAUUAUUGUCAGUAGAAAGGGUAAAAACGAACAAAGGAUUCCAAUGUUGAAGUUGUUUAGUGAGGAUGCCAUGAGUGUCAUGUUGUCUGCUGCUCAAAAAUCAGUUACCGCAGAAUUUGAUGAGAGACAGUAUCUCUUUCUUAAGAGGCUCUGCCAGGUUCUUGUGACACUUGGAGAGGUGCAGCUCUUCCACCUGUGGAAUAGUGACAAGCCCAAGGAGAAACCUCCAAACUUCAGGCAGUAUUUGGAAGCAAUGAUUGCAUUUUCAAAACACGAGAGCCUAACCUUGCCACACUUAGCAAAUGGCCUCUGGCUCACACUAUUAAGAAGUCCUGUGAUUUCUAUGGACACAACAUUCCAAGCAGUUUUCCCAUCACUAUUGGAUAUUGCCAAAGCUAAGCUUUUUAAGGUUGGUCACCCUGAAGAGGAAGACUCACCAGGGAGUGUUUUUAACAGGGAAGAUUUCAACAGUGAGAGAGAAUUUACGUCUGUUAAUGGCCAGGUGAGGGGAGAGGUCAUGGACAUAAUACGUCACUUAACAAUGCUGCACCCUGUGGCUACUUUCCUUUACGGAGCUGACUGGUUAUUACAGAGGGUGUCACAAACCCCAGCACCUGAUGUCAAAAUCAGUGCACAAGAAACAGAGAAGAUGAUACAAGAAUGGGAUGGACUUACUCGUUACUUGGAUGCAGUGAUGUCAAGAUUCUUUAAAGUAGACAAUUAUGAGGAGAUCAUUCACAGCCAGGUGACGUUCCGUGGGACGUCUGUGACAUUUGUUGAAUUGGUCAGAGAAUGCAUCCAGGCUGCUUUGAAUGUUGAUUCAAAGGUUCCUGACAUUUUGUCAAGUGUGACAGAUGCUAUUCAAGCUCUUUAUCCAUUCCUGAAAUACAGCAAAGACUUGUUGAUGGACGUGCUUAAAAAGAUGUUUCAAGUUGUACUGUUCAACACAACAGGUGAACCCAAGGGUCCUUGGAGUCCUGAUGUUCUUCAUGCUCGCCGUCACGCUUGUGGCGCAAUAAUAAAGAUUUGUAAAGAAUUCGGGGAGCUGCUGGUGCCAGUAUUUGAUGCCCUUAAAGAGCAUAUACAGUCGUUGUUUGUUGGUGAGCUAGUUCCCGUGAAAGACAGAUGCACCUUAACAGAAGCAUUGGUUAUUGCCAGCAAUAAGCUAAGCAAAGAAAAGCAAAAUGAAUUCCUCGUUCAGCUGUUAACUCCCGUCAGAGAAAUGUGGCUGGGUGAAAAAAUACAAGGGGCCAUCUCAUCUCCGGGGAAUUUUGUUUCAUUUAUUGGAAUGGACCAAGAUCCAUCAGGCUAUUUUCAAAACGAUGAGCUAAGGGGAAGAAGAUUUCAGAUAAUGUAUGCUGUGACCACCAUUAUGGCAGUUGUGCGAAGCUGUGCUAUGCUCAAUACCAAGACGGCGGCGGCCGGUGAGGGGCUGUCCAUUGGGUCGAUGCCUAAUGGAACUCCUUAUGUGCACAAUCCAUGUGCAUCUCAUGUCAUACCGUUACUCGGCAAUAUAAUCCUGCUAGCAAAUUGUUUAAACAGAAUACAUAAUCCAUCAGUCAAAGCCGCCAUUUUUCCUGAGUAUCUAGCAUCUCUUGGCAUGCACGACCUCGAUACGAGCGCCAUAUAUGUUCUCCCACAGGGACAGGAAAACAAAGACAAAGGCGGUGCACCCUUCGUUCCAACCCCUAUUUCAGUCACAAAGGGCUUCUUAUAUCAUUUAGCUGAUUCAUGUUACCAUACUCUCGGGUUUUCUGCGGUCUGUCUUGGCCAUGAUUUCUAUAGUAUUUCCGGACUAGCGCAACUCCUGGUUGAUAAUCUCGUAAAGUCUCUGCAGCAUGUUCCGAAUUACAGACUGAGAUUUGUUGUGCGUAAUUUUUUCAAGUUGUUUAUCUUGCAUUGCCCUCAGUGUGACUAUCAGAAUGUACUUGUCCCAGUGCUGUCUCCUUUUUUCGGUCAUAUGCUUCAGCACCUUGAAGAACAGUGGCAAAUGGUCCGACAACAUCAAGCUGAGAGUUUAGAAAUUCUACAGGAAGUGUAGCUAUCUUCAUUUGUAAAUUUUAAGUUUACAGACUAGAGGGCUGUUAUAGGAAAUAACAAACAAACUAUCUAACAAACUAACAAACGAACAAGCGCAGCAAACCAAAGAAAAGAAACUAGUAAACUUCUAAAUAUUCUGUGGUUUUUAUGUGAAUUUUAGAGUGUCAACAUGCAGAUGCUGAUCACAGUUUUUGCCUGUUUGACCUGGCCGGAUUCUGCUGUUUGCCACAAGGCUACACGACUUGCAACGACUUUCCUUAAGGAGGUUAUGAUGCUAAGCAGUCAGGCUGGUUCACGGAUUGCUGACUCUGUAGUCGAACAGUUGUUCUCUCAGGUCUUAAAGGGUCUUCAUGUGCAUGGCCAUGGAUCUACAGAAACAUAUCUGACUUACGUUGGACAGAAUAUGUAUGAACUUCUGAGACCUCAGUACUCCUCACUUCAACAGCUUCUCCUUCAAACGAACUGUUCGUUGGAAGAUUUACAUGCUUUUGAAGCUUCUUGUUUGGAGGGAAGAGAAGUUCCCGAGAAGAGAAAGAAAGAGCAGUUUAAAAAAAUUGUGUCUGGGAUUGUUGGGAAACACAUUGGCGAACUGUUCAAAAACGAAAUCAGGAUUAAAGAUCUUCCACCGAUCAAAAUAAAACCCAAGCCAGAACCUAAAGGAUACGAGGAUCCCACAGGACUCGCAGAUCUGUUUGAUCCUUCCAAGACUUCGGAAUCACAUUAGCAGAUGUUCACUCGAACUUACAAACCCUCGCCAAAGAAGGAAGAAAACAAAGUAAAAGGCUAGAAAACAUAAUAAAUCGAUUGGCGUAUUUAACGCCGAUUUUCAUACGACAAGGCUUAAAUUUA